AUGAAGUCGGCCUGCAAACCCCACGGCUCUCCUGCGGGAGCGUGCGGCGCGGCCCCGUGCGCGGGAGCAGCGGAGCGCGCGGUCUCGUGCGCCGGGCCCGGGCGGCUGGAGAGCGCGGCGCGCAGGCGGCUGGCGGCCAAUGCGCGCGAGCGGCGCCGCAUGCAGGGGCUGAACACCGCUUUCGACCGACUGCGCAGGGUGGUGCCACAGUGGGGCCAGGACAAGAAGCUGUCCAAAUACGAGACGCUGCAGAUGGCGCUCAGCUACAUCGUCGCGCUCACCCGCAUCCUAGCCGAAGCCGAGCGGGACUGGGUGGGGCUGCGCUGUGAGCAGCGGGCCCGCGAUCACCCCUACCUCCCAUUCCCCGGUGCUAGGCUCCAGGUAGACCCUGAGCCCUACGGGCAGAGGCUCUUCGGCUUCCAGCCGGAGCCCUUCCCCAUGGCCAGCUAA